AUGAAGACGGUACUCCGCGUUGGUGGUCGUCUCCGUAAUGCCGCGCUGUCCGACGUGAUCAAAUAUCCAAUCGCGUUGUCCGCCAAACAUCCACUAGCUGCUCUGCUGGCUAGCAGUUACCACGUAAGACUACUGCACGUAGGUCCACAACUCCUGUUAGCCACUCUUCGCCAGAAGUUCUGGAUCCUCGGUGGUAGAAAUCUUGUCAAGUCCGUUUACCACCAAUGCCACACUUGUUUCCGAUCCAAGCCCACUCUAGUCCAGCAGAGCACAGCCGAUCUGCCGGUAUCGCGAGUUUCGCCGACGCGUCCGUUUUCCGUGUGCAGUGUCGAUUAUUGUGGACCAUUCUACGUAAAGUCUGCAAUUCGAAAGCGUGGCCCCACGAAAGUGUACGUGGCAAUUUUCGCCUGCUUCUCAACCAGGGCUGUCCAUAUUGAGCUGGUUAGUGACAUAACAACCACUGCUUUUCUAGCUGCACUCCGUCGCCUAGUCGCCCGUCGAGGAAAGAUCGUCGAACUCCAUUCCGACAAUGCAACUACCUUCAAAGGUGCUUCGCAUGCCCUUAACAGGAUCUACCGCAUGCUGAAGGUCGAAACUUCCGAUCGUGAACAAAUUUUCGACUGGUGUUCAUCCAACGAAAUCUCGUGGAAGUUCAUUCCGCCCCGAGCACCACACUUCGGAGGUCUCUGGGAGGCCGUCGUUUAA